AAUCGUCGCAGCAGGCAGGCAGUAGCGCCACUUAUUUCUGCUGAAUGUUCCGCUCGUUUCUCGUCGCAAGUAACGGUUAGGUAAAAAAAGAUAUUGGGUACUGUGGCAUAGUUUUAACUCGUGAAAAAGUGCAUUUAGCGUUGUUCGAAGCAGGGAUAAUAUUAUAUUUUAUAUGAUCAAACGGAAAGAUAUCGAAUUGUGAAAUUUAUCAGAGAGGUGUGACAAGAAAAUCCGGACGAGUGGCGCGUCUGUGCAAACGGCUCUCUUCGGUCGCAUGACGUAAUUGUAUUGAUCGCGGAAGAAGAGCCGAAAGUCGCGCAUUCGCCAUCUUGGACGAAUUGUGGAAAAGAACUUUCUGUGUCUCGCAGGCGCGGUACGCUUGUAAUAAUUGUAAUCCGCGGCGAUCCGGACAUUAAUUAAUUUAACUGGGAAUUAACCCUUUUGUGAAUUAGAAACCCAUUUGGACGGACCAAGACAAAGGGUUCGUUCUUUGGGUCUGAUUGGUACUAAAUGGUUGCCUGCAGACAGCAUGUCUACUCUGUCAGGGCUCGUGUCGAAGGGGGAGAAAGGAAAAUCCAAAUUCCAAUCAUUAGACAUCAAUAGCUUGUACCGGGUGAGUAGGGGAGAAUCUUUAGAACAACAUCAGCAAAAAAACACAUUACCACGCAAACAUGGAAUGCAAAGUCUUGGGAAAGUGCCCUCGGCACGACGACCUCCUGCUAAUCUGCCUAGUUUAAAAAGUGAACAUAGCAGUAACGAUCCGGCUGUCAGUCUUGUACCAAGCGGAGGAAGCGGUUGGGCUACUACUAAAGAGUCGACUACUGCCAUCACUACUGCUACAACUACUACAGCUGCAACUGCAUCAGAUACAUCCACGUCAAAUUCUUCAACCACACAAUGUGUAACCGGAACUGUCACAGCAACAUCAUUACAUUCAUUACUCCCAGGACAACAAAAUACUUCACCGACUUCAUACUCGACAGAUGCGAACAACAAAUCAACAUGGAGUGCAAUAAUGAGCAGAUCUGGAGACGGUAUUGCAUCAGGAGGCCAACAACAAUCACAACAGCAGCAGCAACAGCAGCAACAAACAGGAAAUCGGGAGUUGAACGCGCAGUACGGACCUGGACCGAGUUUGCGGCCCCAAACGGAAGGAAGUUGGAUACAAGGUGGAAGUCGCACGGCCAGUGGUGCGGUAAUAGGAGCAGCUGGUUCCGGAAGUGGGAGUUCAGGGGUCCAGGCCCCCCCUCUGAACAUCGCUGGAUCGGGAGGACACACCGACAUACCUGGUGGCGGGCGACAGAACUUGGCCCAGUCUCCCAACAUGGGCAUGGUCCCGGCAGGCCCUCAUAAUUCUUCAAACAAUCAGAACGCUCUGAGUUCUAGUUCUCAUCAAGUUGGUCCAAAUCUACAUCAUUACAGAGGACUUAUACCUCCAUUUAUGUACAGAGGAAAUUUUGCCGGUGGAUUUUCUCCACAAUUCCCGCCAAACGCUAAUUCUGCCGGGCCUAGACCCCGGUUCAAUUAUUCCGCGGAACGAUUCCCUGCCCCGGCUGUACGUCAACAAGAACGCGAACGUGUUCCCGAUGAAGAAAUUAUCACACGCCCAAUUAUUAAAGAGGAAGAUCUUACUCGUAUGGACGAUAUCUCUCGCGACGCUGGAUGGGCGGCGCACGACGACAUCGAUUACAAUCAGAAGCUUGCCUUUAGCGACGACGAACCUGAUCUUGAUUCAUCGAAGAAAGAUGAAAAGCGGGACAGCAAGGAGGAGAAAAAUGAAGAAAAUUCUGUAGAAGAGAGGGAGAAGACAAGAGAUAACCGCGAAAACCGUGAUGGCCGCGAUAAUCACGAUAAUCGAGAUUUGAAGGAAUCCCGAGAUCAAACGACUCAUCGUCCAUGGAUUCAGAGCUCCUUACCCAGAGAUUAUCGUGGUUCCAACGGAGCUAACAAUUACAGCGGUCAAUCGCAACUGCAUGCAGUGCAUCCCUUGAGAGGCGUAGAAGAUGACGAGGCGUGGAACGAGCGACGCAGACUUAAGGUGGUUGAAGUCGCGUCUGCUGUAGAGCGUGCUCGGCAACGUAAAGAGGAAGAAGAAAAACGGUAUCAGGAAUCAGCUAGACAAGCGGCAGCUAAGAAAUUACAGGACUUAGAACAGAAAUUGAAGGAGAAACAAGCAAACGAAUCGAAAAGCUUGAUAAGUGUUCCACCAGUGCCAAUUUCCGUACCCGAUUGGGAACGUGACAGAGAAAGUAGGGAACGGGAGAACAGAGACCGCGAACGAUCUGAAGGAAAGGACGAGAAGUCUUUAACGCGUGAAUCACGUGAGCCUAGGGACGGUCCGAAAGACGGCAGAGAUUCACGUGAUCAGCUGAUGUCGGAUUUCCGGCAACCAGAGCGACAAGGUUUCGCAAGGCAACCGGAUAGCAUUCGCAGCGACCGGGACAGAGAACGAGACCGCGAACGCGAUCAAAGGGAAACUAGAGAUCGUGAACUGCACGCUACGUUUUCUCGACAAUUUCAAAACAAUCUGCCGCCUCGGUUUCAAAAACAACAGGCAGAAAAAAUCAAUGCCGGUCUUAACCGGAUUUCUCCUAGUACCGAAAGAUCAUCUUUUCAAUCGGUUCCAUUCUCCCAGCAAUACGAUCCUGGUAGAUGGGUUUCUAGCCACGGCUCUUUAAAUAGCAACCUGAAAGCAUCAUCGCAUAGCGCUCCGUCGCAACGUCGGACCAGAACCGAUUCAGACAUUUCUACUUCGAUGGAUGAUGAGCGACCUCCGUCUCGAGAUUACCGCGGUAGCUUACUUCGGGACGAUCGAUACCGUCAUUCCUCGCACCGAUCAUACGAGACACGCAAGUCGGCCGGUUACUACGACGAGUACAAUCGCAACUGCCGAGAUCACGAAUACGAUGAUAGACAUUCCCGUGAUUCUUGGGAACGUGAACGAUACUUCGACGAUAACAAAGAUCGAGACUCGAAGGAUGGCGUGGAAUCGAGAGAUAUCAGAGAUACUCGGGAUAUCCGUGAUAAUCGUACCAACAGGGACACGAGAGACUCGAGAGAAACUCGAGAAAGAGAUAACAAAGACAAAAAGGACUAUGAUAAUUAUUUGAAGGACACGUUUGACGAGCGCAACCGGGAGCGCGAUCGUGAGCGUGAACGCGACCGUGACCGCGAUCGUGACCGUGAUCGUGAACGCGAUCGUGAGCGUGACCGUGAGCGCGAUCGCGACCGCGACCGUGACCGUGAUCGCGAACGUGAUCGUGAACGGGAUCGCGACCGGGAUCGUGAUCGCGAACGAGAUCGGGACCGCGAUCAAAGAGAAAGAUCUGAGAGCAGUGAGUGGCGUGAAGAACGUAUCAUGCAAGACAGAAUGAUCGAUAACCGUCGCGAUGCACAGAGGGAGGAACGUAUGGAACGCGGCGAGCGUCCGCAGAGACCGGAUUCUCGCGACAGUCGUGCCUCGCGGGAAUCGAAGACAUCUUUGCGCGACGACGAUUCACACAAAUUGCGGGAUUGCAGUUCCUGGGUGAACGAGGUCACCGAUUACGAGGAAAGCAAACGCGAUACGUAUCACGAGGAGAUUCGUGAACGAGAGAGAGAUAGGCGACAACCUAUGGGUCCUGUAACCAAGGAGAGAAUCGAGGCCGACGAGUUGAAAAGUGAAAAGCGCAACUUGACCCAAUUGAAACGGGCAAGUUCCGAUCAAGAAAAGAAGGAUCAGGCGAAGGAGGCUACCUCGGAGGCAAAGAAGGAAGCGGACGUUUGGAAUAGAAAAGUCGAUCGCGUUAGCGACAGUACACGGGCAAUCGAGAGGGGCGAUAAUUCUCCAAAAGCAUGGGCGGAUGCCGUUUCGCCGACGUUUGAAAAGGAAGAGGAGAAAGCUUUGGAACCUGCCAAGGGCGAAAAGGAUUCAGAAGACUUGAAACAAAGUUUCGAUAAAUUAAGUCUUGACAAAAGAGAGGAAACGCUGAGCGAGGAUGCGACUGCGGGAGAACAGUUGAGUGAUGAUAAACGAGAGAAAAAUAUACGGAACAGAACUAGCAGCGGCAGCUCGAACUCGAGGGUACGCGAGCCUCGAGGUGGGCGUCAAUGGGGCGGAAGUACGUACAGUGUGUAUAGAGGCUGGCGAGGUCCCGAAUCAAGAGGACGACGAAACGGGCCUAGAACCUCUGCUAGACCAGCGUCCGCUAGAAGUGGUUCGUACGCGCACACCGAUUCAGAAAAUAGUGCCGAUGAAGUAUCCGGUUCUACUGAAUCUGGUAAGGAAGAAAAGAAAUCGGCCAGAUCGCCGAAGCCCGGUCAGAAAGCGGAGAAAGAAGAACGGAAUCGGGAAGCAGCCGUGUCUUCUCGUGACGAUAAACGCUCCGAUCAUUCUCAGUCGCAACGCAGCGACAAGCGAACUUACGAUAGCAAAUUGGGCCGCGAAGGCUUCGCUCCAUCGGGAGAACCGUCGCGCCGUGGUCGAGGUAGCAGUUUUCGAAUUCGAAGCACAGCUACCACAGGUAGCCGCAUGGAGGGAUAUGGACCACCGUCCAGUAAAAGUCCAUUCUCCUCAGAACGCAGUAUUGAUGAAAAACAAAGUUCUACACGACAGAACCCUCCGACGCCUACUCCGGAGAAAGAGUCAAACGUUUUACUACCGUCGCAAAUCGAAUCAACCGAUGAUAAAAUCAUCGCUAAACAACAAGCGCUUACUGCUGGUAUAACAGGAAAACGUGCCAAAUCUCCGAACCAACAAUCCCAACAGGCGCAACAGUCUUGCAACAAGCAGGAUGCAAAUCAUGCGAGUAGCGCUACUUCUUCUCAAAAGGUGCAGACUUCAAGAAAAGAGGAAUCACGCUCCAAACGAACUCGUAGUGGAAGUAGAAGGGGCAGAGACAAUCGCGAGUUGCGUUAUCGCGGCAGCAGUAGCAACGUAUCGAAGCAAGCCUCCUCGGAUGUGGGAAAUGAGGAUUGGGAAACCGUGUCCGAGAAAAGCGAGGGUCACGUGGAGGAACACAAAGAGACGCGCAUCAGUCGCAACAAACAGUUUUCUACACGUUCCAACACAGGCAGUGGUCCGAACGCCGUGGCUUCGAACGUGCACUCGCGUAGAAACGAACAGACAGGCAAUAACCGCGAUCAACGUGAAAAGAACGUAAAGUCUUCCAGUACAACCUCUCGAGCCCCCGGCGCUGAGAAACGGAAUUUACAAAGUUCAGGUUUUGUUAAUCAAAAGAAUCAUUCGAGCAGCAUUCCGCCAUUAAUGCAGACUGCUCAAGUGCAGAACGGGAGGUCGAGAAAUCAAACUUCUGGCAAUAAUUCAACGAGUCUGAGCAAAUCGACCGUAAAGGAUAGUACAGUUAAUCGUGUGGAUGAAUUGAAGUUGAGCGAUCCGAAUUUAGUUAAUCAAACUCUUAAUGACAUUAACAAGAAAGUCCAGGGAAAGGAAAAGAAGGCAGCCAUCGACUGCGAAAUAGAAGCGAGCAAUUGCACGGAGGAUGGGCCGAACGUCGUUGAAGAUAAGGUUGACUCCGAUGGUUUCCAAGAAGUGCGCUCGAAGAAGAAUGUAAAGGAUUCGAGACACGGCCAAAAAGAGGAAACGAAAUCCGUGAAACGUGAAAAGGACAAGGACAGAGAACGCGAUCAUUCGAAAUCGAAAACAAACGGUGGUUCACAACAGUCUACUACUUUGCAGCAACAGAUCCAGAAUAUACCGCCGUUGCUUGGACAAACCAUUCCACAACCUUCGAACAUGCAGAAACAAUACGACAGUAGGACUUCGAGAAGUCAGAAGCUCGCACCCAGAUUCCAAAAGCAACGCUUAGCGAAACAGCAACAACAACAACAGCAGCAGCAAAUGUGCGUGUCAGAACAAAACGAUUCAAAUAAGAUGAACAGUUCAUCGAAUAGCUACGCAAAGGACUCAUCGAGCGGUCCCGCUCCACCACCUUCCGUCAACGCUUGGGACAAACCGUUCACGAGUCAAUUACGAUCGAAUUCACCGUCGACUGUUCCUACCGAUAUCCAAUUAAUAGCUGGUCUGUCGACGCAGAACGAUCAUAGUCACGUUCAUAAUCACGAGGUUAACGAUCAAACCAAUUCUGGCAGUAGCAGCCAGCGAAACUCUCCGAACGGUGAAAAGAACGCUGGUAAGAGUCUGAAAGAUCAACUGAUAGAGAAAACUUCGGUCUCUGACGUCUCUUCGCCUCCGGUGCAAACAUUGAUCUUCGAGAAUACAAAUUACUCGAAAACUACCAAGGCUGGGCCCUCUGAUUUGGCAGUGAAGAAUAAAUUCUCUAAUCAUAUCAAGACUCAACAACAACGCGUCGAGAAACGCGCGGAUUUAGAGGAAGAUAAUAAUGCCGCUGCUAUGCAGCAACAGCAGCAGCAACAAAGUCUGCCUGUAGCGUUUUCGAACAAACCGAACGAUCUAAUAAAAGAUAAAAGCCAGGAGCCGAUUCAAAUGCCGCUGUCGUUCAACAAGAACGAGGACAACGCCGAUAUGAAAUUAGACUUCACGUUUGAUUCCGAUCUGUCGCAGCUGACUGAGGACAAAAACAAAAGCCUAGGAAUGACUCGGUCGAUGCAUAUAGCUACUGGGCAGAACACUAUUUCUCCUUCUGCAGCGGAGCUCAAUCUGAAAAUCGCCUCGGUAAAGAAAGUAUGGGAGAAUGCGCCUCCCAUGCCAACCGUAGUCGAGCACGAAGAUGGCAAUGUCGUCACUAGCGCGAACACUUUCCCUCAACCGUUCGAAAGUACUGAUGUUGAUGACAGUUACAGCCCCCAUCAACAGUACAAUCAAACUAACAUGAAAAACGAAAUAACUACUUCUACGAACGUGUGCAAGCUGGUUCCCCCGCAGGUGAAGCCGCAGCAACAAUCUUCGGGAAGCAGUAGUGGCCAAUCUGGCUCGACCGUCCCUGGACCGAGUCCCAUCGGGGCAGGUCAGAGUCCUAUCGGACAUCCUCCUGUUAGCCUGCAAGGACCGUUAAGUCCACCACCCUUUAACUCCACUGGACAACCCUCUCAUAUCAAUUAUCAGGAAUUCCCUCAGUAUCCCGGCUCUCAAGCUGCGCAGUACGGCAGUAUGUCUGCCAUACCGUCUCCACCAGCUGUAUUAUUCAACACUGGUUCUGGUCAACUACCAGCCCAGGCGGGAGGUUUAUACGGAGCAUUUCAGCUGGAUCAAAGUCGAUCGGCUUUCACGCAAUAUCCGCCGUAUGCGCCGUCUCUCCAGAAUUCGUUCAGUCAGCAAAACGUCUACCUGCAACAACCUCCGCCUCCUCCACCGCACGCGCCUAACGCGCCUACGCCGGACAUGUAUCAAAGCAAUCUCUCGCAAUAUCGAAUCACCGCAGCCGCCGCCCCGCCCUUUGGCCAGAAUCAGCAGUUGAGCAACAAUCCCAACACGGUUCUGAUUAGUUCCUCUUCGAACUCUUUGAUGUCAGCCAGCGUGAAACCAUCAUCUCAACCUAUCGGCGCUAUCGGAACCAAAGCUCCGCAUUUUCAAGCACCGUCUGCUCCCCAACCAAACCCAUUAACGUACAUACCAUAUGAUCCGAAUCAAGUACUCGGCGUGAGUGGCAGUUACAUGGGCAAUUCCCAAUUGGUGCAGAGACCUGGCCCGAAUGUACAAGCGUCGGCUAAUAGCUAUUAUAGCGCGACUUCAGCUGACGUGUUUCCCGGGUCUCAAACAGGUUUUUAUCAACCUGGAGGCGCUACGCAACAGACCGGAACUCAUUACGGACUCCAAGGAUUCGGUCAGCACAGUCAGAGCUUGGCAACUGGUAGUGCCACACCUGUCGGACUCCAAAACUUCAGCUCCGGCUUCUUGUCUAGCUCAGGUCUACAGAUCGCAGCGGCCGCGGCCGCUCAGCAAUUUCGCAAUCCGACCGGAGGACUUCCUGGACCGGGAAAUACGGGGCCUAAUUUUCUCAGCAAACAUCAACCACAAGAGCAACCCAGACAAUUGAAGAGUCCAUCGGGAAACCAGCAAGACGUUCUAGCAUCAGUCUUUAGCUCUACGCCUCAAAUUCCAUCUCCCAAGUCUAGAAGCUGCAAACAACAAUCGUCUUCUCAACAGUCGCAACCAAGUCCGACGCAGCAUCACAAAUAUCAGCAAUAUCAAGGCGUUAGUCAAUCAGCUCUGUUGUAUGAAAUGUCUCUACAGGUAUUGCAACAAAAUAUACGCGGCAUGGGCAUGCCACCGCGCGGUGGAAUCCAACCGUCUCAACAAAGAUACCCGCCACCGAUUCAACGACCGGUCGUUCCGUUCACGCCCGGCCCGAAUCCGAACAAUCCCACCCAACAGCAGCAACCUAACUGCAUGCCCUCCCAGCAACAGCAACAACAAACUCAAAUCAACCGUCACAGACCGAAUCUGCAUCAGCAGCAGCAGCAACAGCAACAACAACGAAACAUGAAGAUGCAACAACAAUAUUACUCUACUCAAGGAAACGUCAAAAUGGACGCGAACGAAAAAACGGAUUCACACAAUGAUAAAAUCAACGACGGUAGCUCCGGUGCACAACAAGGAGGCGCCAAACCGAGUGUAAACUCGCAAGACAAUGACAAUAAGGAAGAAGUGAAUCAACAAAACGAGUGAAUUGUGAAAAAAGAACAUUCAGUCCACCAUUUGAAACAAAAUAUAUAUAUAUAUAAUUAACGAUCACACAUACACACAUAUAUAUACAUAUAUAUAUAUAUACAUAUACAUAUAUAUAUGCAUAUAUAAUGGUACGACGUUGAUCGGAAGGUAAAUGAUAAUGAUCAUGAACUUAUCGUACAUGUGGAGCGAAUGGUAGCUCGAGAUUGGUAUUAUGUAUUACUGUCAAUUUAAAGCAGCUUGCGAGCUUGAAAUUCGUAACUUCGAUUGCAUCGACCACGUUUCGUUUUGAUUAAUAAUUUGAUCGUGACGUGUAUCGAAACGAAGGAAUAAUUAUAGGUGACAUUUGUUACAUACAUACCGAUGCUUCUCCGAAUUAACAAUUAUAGAAACACGUGUUAUCUUUUCAUAAAUUUCGAACAAUGAGAUUGCUUUUGUCGAACGUUUCACCUUCGUUUGAAAAUCGUGAAAGGGGUGCAAGAAUGCCCGAGCAUGUGUAGGAUAAAAUGCUGCUUGGCAAGAAGAUGGAACUCAAUCGAUUUCCACGAGACUGAUUGAUCCAAAAAAGAGAAAAAAGAAGAAAGCAAUCAUUGAUUUCCUCAACGACGGGGAUACCAACAACAUAUUCAGUUGAUGAAGAGAGAAGGAAGUUAAAAGGACUAGACUGACGCGCACAACGUAUAUAACUCUAAUCGAUAUCGAUCGAUCAUCCUAACCGAUUAACUGCGUUUAUCAACUACUAUGAAGAUUAAUGAAUGUGCACAAGACUUAUGUUUCUGUAUGUGAACACGACGACGGUCUGUGGUAUACGAUAAAGCCAGAUUUCUCGUGAGACUUGCCUCGAGAAAAGUAUUGCACGAUCGUUGCAAUUAUUCGCAGAGCAUCACUUUAAAAGAAAAUAAGGAAAACGGAAACAAAACGACAAAGAAGACUGUUGCGUAUAUCGAAAUUCCAACAAAAAAAUGGAAAAAAGGAAAAGGAACGAAAAAAUACAUUAAGAAUUAUAUCCGUGCGGCGAUUCAUCGUCGUAUAGAUCUGCAUGAUGUUGUCCCUCUAAAUACGAUAUGGCAAGUAAAAAAGAGUUCAUGUACAUUAUUCGUUUAUUAAUAUACUGUGAGGUCAUGAGAAAGCUUGUGAAAAAAAUAAAUAGUGCAACAAUUGUUUAUAGUACUGAAUGUAUUAUCAUGACCUAGCCACUCUCGGAAAGAGUAUCAAUGAUUAGGGGAAAAAAAUGUAAUGAUAACGAGGAGUGUUUUGCUUGCAGAAAUACGAAAUGCGCUCGAUUUCUUCGCGUGUAGUAAUAUUUCGCUAGUAAUAUCUCACAACACUGUUUGUCGCAACGUACACGUCGUACAAAAAA